AUGAUUGUUAAAUCGACUAACAACUUCUCUCCCAACAAUAAGCUUGGUGAAGGUGGAUUCGGUCCUGUUUACAAGGGUGUGCUUGAGGAUGGAAGUGAAGUAGCAGUAAAACGACUCUCAUCAACUUCAAAACAAGGACUUGAUGAAUUCAAAAAUGAGGUUGGAUGUAUUAACAAACUGCAGCAUCGAAAUCGUGUGAAACUUCUCGGAUACUGCAUUCUAGGGGAUGAAAAAAUGUUGAUAUAUGAAUACAUGGCGAACAAAAGCCUCGACUUGUUUAUAUUUGAUGAAUCUGGAAGUUUUAUGCUUGAUUGGCCCCUUCGUUUUGGUAUUAUCAAUGGGAUUGCUCGAGGACUUCUUUAUCAUCAUCAAGAUUCAUGCCUCCGAAUUAUCCAUAGAGAUCUCAAAGCUGCCAAUAUUUUGUUGGACAAUGAUAUGAACCCCAAGAUAUCGGACUUUGGCCUUGCUAGAUGGCUUAGCGGCUACGAGACUGAAGCCAACACGAACAAAGUUGUUGGAACUCAGUAA